AUGUCCGAAGCCUACGAGCGCGAACGCCAAAACAACGCCCGCCUGGAUGAGUUGUCCGCAAAGGUGUCGGCCCUCCGAGGCGUGACGGUCGACAUUUACGACAAUGCGCGGGCACAGGACGUCAUCGACUCUACUUCCGAUACCUUCUCCACCAUGGGCACGCAACUCAAAGGUUCCGCAACGCGCCUCGGCCGAAUGGCUGCAUCGGGAAACAAGGUCGCCGUCCUCAAGCUCUCCGGCAUCCUGAUCGCAAUCUUCCUCGUGCUCUACUACGGUCUCAAGCUGUUCUUCUGA